AUGGGUACUAAAAAGAAGCCGAAAGACACCUCUUUGGAGAUGAGGACAACUGAAAGCGACCUCGGUUUAAAGUUGUGUGAAGAUUGCCUUAGCUGCAAUAGAGAAAUACUGGCCCAAAUUCUUAAGGAGAAUUUGCUUUGUGAAAGUUCCGUUCCAAGUGAAGAAUGGAAAUUGUUAGCAAAAAAUAUUGAAGACUCUUCUCAGGCUUCUAUAAAACAGCUUGAGUACUAUGAAAAGUUAACUAAAGCUACUGUUGUGCAAAAUGAACAAACGUUGAUGAAAUAUUCUGAUGUUGUGAGGGGUGGGGUUAAUUUGCUCUCAUCUGAUGUGAAAAUGAUGAAGGAGUUAAUUCAGGCCACAUCAACUAAGAUGGAUGUUAUUAAUGAAAGAGAAAAGAGGAAAAAUAAUAUCAUUCUGUACAACAUGUUUAAAAAGGAAAAUAUUAAAGAGUCAGUUAACAAGCUACUAAAAGAGAUCUCAGGCACGGACUUGGGGACAGAGGUAGUUGAAAUUUCAAGAUUGGGGAGAAAGUCUGAUGAAGAAAAAUCAAGACCCGUUCUAGUUCAGUUUUCUAAUUAUACUGUUAAAAAUCUCAUCCUAAACAACUGCACCAAGCUGAAAAAAUCCUUGAAUUUUAAUAAAGUCAUCAUCAACCAUGACCUUUCAAGGGAAGAUAAAAUAAGUAACAGUAAGAUUUUGGAAGAGAGAAAAAAAGAAAUUGGUGAAAAAGAUGAUGUAUCAAGGUGGCAGACUGAAGGGCGUGCCAGGAGAUUUUUAUGUUAUUGCUUUCAAGAAGCAAAAUUUACUAAAGUAAAAAAUUCAAGUUGCAAUAAUAGUAAUAAUUUAAGUGUCAUUAUGACUAAUGUUGACUCAAUAACAAACAAAUUUUUUGAUCUAAAAAUUUUUCUACAAAGUUUGGAUGUUGCACCUGAUCUAAUUGCUUUGAGUGAAGUUAAUCCUAAAAAUUUCAAUCAAUGUAGAGUUUUAUCAGAGUUCUGUCUGGAUGAUUACUCAAUCAUUUCUUCUGGUUUUGCUGAACAACACAGAAGAGGUUUAAUGUUGUUUUGUAAGAGAUCAUUACUAUUAACUGAAAUAAAUUUAAAUUCAUCAUUCAAAGAAUACAUAAUAGUUAAACUAUGUGUUUCUAAUAGAGUUUUAAAUAUUCUCUUUGUUUAUAGAAGUCCAAACUCUAAUGUUGGAAAUAAUGAUCUUUUGCUGAAGUUGAUAAAUGAUGUGCUGGCAUUACCUGGUGAAACCCUAUUGUUUGGGGACUUUAAUUUUCCUGACAUUAACUGGGACACGUCCAGUUUUGAAGGUAAUGAUGAGAGGGUUGAAAACAGAUUUUUGGAUCUUCUUAAAGAUAAAUUUUUAAUACAACACAUCAAUCAUCUAACGAGAUUUAGAGAUGGUCAGACAUCAAAUAUCCUGGAUCUGGUAACAGUGAUCACUCAAUUUUGGAAUUCAAGGUGA